GGUGUCUGCAGGCUCUGUGUGUUUUACAGACAGUAGGUUGAGAAGAUUUAAAUUAUCCACUGAAAGCAGGUGGAGGAGACUGUUGUAAUCUGGUGUUUCUACCUCCAGGGGGCAGCAGUGAUGUUUCUGUACUUCUGUUAAACUGGUCUGAGAACAUCUCCACCACAUAUAGCUUUAAAACCAAUUUAGUCUCACAGGUUUAGAUGUUUCCUCCUCUAAAUCCUGGUCCAGGAACCAGGACCCUUAUGUGGAGUCAGGAUUUAUCCCCUUUGGUUCCUACAACAGGGACAAAAGGCAAAACAGGAACCUGACCCCAGAAAAUGGCCCUGGUAGGGAGCUGGGGCUGUUUAAGUGACCUGUAACCUCUGAGUGGGGGUCUCCCAGUAUUCCCAGUGACCUUCUGUUAUGAAUGGGCUCAUCUCCUCCUCCUGAAACCAGAGGGCUCGUGGAAAUUUGUUUUAUUCCAGAUUGUUGUCAGUCAGGCGUUCCUGAACAUGUCGGCACAUCCUGCGGCUCCUGGCUGCAGCCUGUGGGCCGUCUGUGGCCGUCCACCUCAGCGGUAGAAAAAAUCUUUGUUCUGUUUCUACUCGUUUUUAUUGAAAUGGAAAUGCUGACAAAUAAAAGCAUUCUGAAAAUAGAAAAGAUGAAAGGAAAUACAGUCUUUUGUUAAUCUGCUAGUUUUAGUUUCAUGUUCAAAGCAGCGUUUCUAAAAGGAAACAGCAGAAGACCCGGAUCCCGGACUCGCAUUAUUCAGAACCGGGUUCUGAUGCUGAGCCUUUUAUCCACUGAUGCUUUAGCACUACUAACACUCUGGGUUCAGUCCCAAAGGCAGGAGCAUCCAAAGUGUGGCCCGGGUAACAGUACCGAAGCUGCAGAGGGGUGGGUUAAACUACGACUCUGCUUCCUGGUCUGGACCCUGGGUUGUCAUGGAGGCUCAAAACGAAGGGAGAAGAGCCAAGCAAGUGAUGAGGAACAAGCCAACCCCAGACCCUCCACCAGAGAAAGAGAUAGCUCUCACAGUAAGAGCAAGAAGGCCCGUCGGGAGCGUCACCAUGCCGACCAGGGGGUUGAGACCACAACCACGCCUUCAGUUGCAAGAGGGCACACCCAGACAAGCAUUGAGCCUCAGAGUCAGGUGUUGGAACCAGAGGCGGGCCCCUCAGAGCCAGGGUUUGAGUCUGCAGCAUCUCUCAGGCAGAGACGUUCCAUCAUUCGGGACCGGGGGCCAAUGUAUGAGGACCCUUCACUGCCCGAAGGCUGGACCCGUAAACUGAAACAAAGAAAGUCUGGACGCUCUGCUGGAAAGUUUGACGUUUACCUAAUCAACUCAGAGGGGAAGGCUUUUCGUUCCAAGGUGGAACUUAUUGCCUACUUUGAGAAGAUUGGUGAUACGACUACUGACCCCAACGAUUUUGAUUUUACUGUCACUGGACGUGGAAGCCCUUCCCGUCGUGAGAAGCGGCCUUUCAAGAAACCAAAGGUGGUGAAGCCGUCAGGGCGAGGUCGUGGGCGGCCUAAAGGCAGUGGAAAGAUGCGACAGGUCACUGAGGGUGUAGCCAUGAAACGAGUUGUUGAAAAGACUCCAGGCAAACUUCUGGUUAAAAUGCCUUUUGGUAAGGCAGACUCAUCUGCUGGCACCUCAUCAAAGGUGGAGUCUCCUAUCACUGUGUCCAAGUCACGUCCAGGCAGAAAAAGGAAAUCUGAACAGGAACUUCCACCUCCACCUCAAACUGCCCCCAAGAAAAGAGGAAGGAAACCAACAGUAGUAUCAGAAACCUCAUCAGCUGCUACAACCUCCACCUCCACUGCAGCCAUCUCUGGUAGCUUAACAGCUGUCAGCUACACGGCAGCUGCCAUCUUGGCUGCAGAAGCUAAACGGAAAGCAGCCAAAGAGUCUUCCACUAGACCUGUUGUUCAGGAAACAGCCUUGCCAAUCAAAAAACGUAAAACAAGAGAGACAGUGGAAGAGAUGGAGAGCGUCCAGAUUCCAACUCUAACAACAGAGACCGGAAAGAAGACCACCACAGAGGAAGAGGGAAGUAGAGCAGAAGGGACUUCAAGCUCUGAUCCUCAGUCCAUACCCACUGAGCAAACACAAUUACAAAGGCAACCAUCUUCUGCAGAUACCAGCCAAUCACAUGGACAUAAAACUCAUAAAGGUCGUAAGCACAAGGAGAAAACAGAAUCUGGCAAUGGAGGACGCCGAGGAGAUGAGCUAGAGGAAGAUGAAGGUGGGGGUGGAAGGAGUAGUUGUAGCAUUAGUAGCAUUAGCCCAACAAAAGGCCACAAAAAGAAAGAACGACCAUUUCAUAAGCACCACCACCAUCACCACCAUCAUCAUCACCACCAAAAGUCAUCUGUUUCUAUAUUAGAUGAGCAGCCAUCUCCUAAUCCUACUGCAUAUGGACUCCUAGAAUCUUCCAGCCAAUCCAGGCUGGAAAUUGAACCCCAAAGUAUGCCUCAGCUCAUUCCUCAACAGGAAGUUCUCCUCAAGACACAGGCAAAGUCUGCACCUCAGUCUCUGCUUGAACCUCAGCAUCGUGUCCCUAAACCACCCCACCAAGUUCAGUUUUGUCCUCAGAUCAAGCUCCCUAGUUCAUCGCAAGCCCACAUUCAAGACCCUGUACUUCAGAUCACUCCAACCAGACACAUAUCACCCCAGACCCCAAAGCCCCCAACACAAACCCAUAUUCAGUCCCAGUGUACCAACCAGAAGUCCCAGACACAGCCUGUCCAGUCUGCAAUCUAUCAUGAAGCUCAGUCUGCAAAUGUUCCAUGUUACUCUCCAUCCUUCUUGCACAUUCAUCCACCCAAUACAGGACAUCCACAUUUACAAACCCAGUCCUCUACAGCAUCUCAUUCUCAGAUCCUACCUAAAACCGAGUCACAACCCCAAACCCAACUCAAACAACAGUCCCAGUCCCUGAUGUCAGUACAGUCACAACUUCAGCCUCAGACAAGGACACAAAUUCAGACUCAACCACAGACCAGGACUCCAACAAAAACUCACACUCAACCUCAGACCAAAACACAAACUCAGUCUCAACCUCCAACCAGAACUCCAACACAAACUCAAUCUCAACCCCCGAUCAGAACCACAACACAAACUCAGUCUCAACCUCCAACCAGAACUCCAACACAAACCCAAUCUCAACCUCCAACCAGAACUCCAACACAAACUCAGUCUCAACCUCCAACCAGAACUCCAACACAAACCCAAUCUCAACCCCCGAUCAGAACCACAACACAAACUCAAUCUCAACCUCCAACCAGAACUCCAACACAAACUCAGUCUCAACCUCCAACCAGAACUCCAACACAAACUCAAUCUCAACCCCCGAUCAGAACCACAACACAAACUCAAUCUCAACCUCCAACCAGAACUCCAACACAAACUCAGUCUCAACCUCCAACCAGAACUCCAACACAAACUCAAUCUCAACCCCCGAUCAGAACCACAACACAAACUCAAUCUCAACCUCCAACCAGAACUCCAACACAAACUCAGUCUCAACCUCCAACCAGAACUCCAACACAAACUCAAUCUCAACCCCCGAUCAGAACCACAACACAAACUCAAUCUCAACCUCCAACCAGAACUCCAACACAAACUCAGUCUCAACCUCCAACCAGAACUCCAACACAAACUCAAUCUCAACCCCCGAUCAGAACCACAACACAAACUCAAUCUCAACCUCCAACCAGAACUCCAACACAAACUCAGUCUCAACCUCCAACCAGAACUCCAACACAAACUCAAUCUCAACCCCCGAUCAGAACCACAACACAAACUCAAUCUCAACCUCCAACCAGAACUCCAACACAAACUCAGUCUCAACCUCCAACCAGAACUCCAACACAAACUCAAUCUCAACCCCCGAUCAGAACCACAACACAAACUCAAUCUCAACCCCCGAUCAGAACUCCAACACAAACUCAGUCUCAGCCCCAGACCAGAACUCCAAUACAAACUCAGACUCACUUGCUACCACAAACAAGGGAUCCAUUGCAAUACCAACUUCAGACUCAAUACAGAGCCCAACCCAGACAACCUCUGUCUCAGUCUAGGCCACAUGUGUCUCAGUCCCAAGCACAACCCCACUUUCAGCAGAUUCAAGCUCAGCCCCACUCACAGCUUUCCAGACUGGAAAUGCAGAGCCUGUCAUCCCACCGAUCAUCGUCCAUUCUGACACAGACAAACCUCAUUUCUGCUCAGCAGCUCCAGAAUGAACAGCCCCAGGACUUGAGCACCACGCGGCCUACCAGAGAAAGUCAGCUCUCAAGCAGAGAGGCCAGCGUGGAGAGUGUCAGAACAGAGGGCAUAAGGGAGCUGGGCACAGCAUCAGAGAGUAGAGAGGUUUUAGGGGGGGACAGAGGGUCCAACAGUACCAGGAGACCUCACAGCUCUGGGCCACCUGGAGUAGCAGGAUCUGGUAUUGUGCCUGCAGCAGAUGGCAGGGCUAGGUUACGGGCAGAGCCAGAGGCAGUAGGUGAGGGUAGGGAGCUUAGAGACAUUGUCCCCCAAUCCACCGUACCCUGUCCCAGUUGCGAGGAGACGGUAGAGUCACGAACAGCUGUCAGCGAAAGGGUCAGCUGAUUAGUUGGACAGAUGAAGUCCAGCUGAUUGGUAAGUAAAGAAAAAGACCAGCUGAUUGGUAGCUUGACAGAGUGAGACAGCACCAGGUGGAAGGGGAUUGUGGUCCAGCUGUAAAUGAGCUCAAAGGACUGCUGCAACUUCUGAUCUGUCUGAUGCUGAUUGGAGACUGUAAUCUCUGGAUGCAAGUACCAGCCUGGUGCCGAAGGACAGAUGGGGACAACAAAUAAUGUCUUUUUUUAGGAAAAUGAACUGAAAAGCAAAAACCAACAAGGCGUGUGUGUACAUAAUCAAAAGGCAGCUGUUGCGUCCUGUUAGUCUCUGGAUUAGGGGUUGGGGGUUGAGUGGGGGAUCCUAGUCUGGAGCUUAACAUGUUAAUGAAACAUUUCUUCCGAAGUAUAAUCUGUUUUUAUGAAGUAGUUUAUUUGUUUGGUCUUUGUUAUAUAGCUUUAAUAUUUAAAAUUAAUGUCAUUCUCCGACUAAAAACGCCCCCGGUUAACUGACAAUCCCUUCCUGAAACUGGUCCUGGACUUAUAGACUCAGAAGUAUAGUGUGGGGAGGGCAGUUUGCACCUUAACCUAGUCGCCUAGGAUUCUUUCUUUUGCUUUUCCUGCAUUUUUAAACCUCCAAUGAGCAAAGAAUAUUUGAGUUCUAACUUCUCAUUUUUCUUGUCUCUCUGCCUUGGAUCUGUAGCAAGGACUCCUCUAGUUCACCUCCAGGCCCAAUGAAUCUAGAGGUCAUACUCAAGUUGCGGUUCCAUUUAGUCCUGAGUCUACAUGCAGCUUGAAGUACUUUUUUGGCUUUUUGUUCCUUCUGAUAAAACCAGAACCCGAUGAGACAGGUGGAUAAAAAAAAUCUGCUCAUUGUUGUUCCAGAUGUUUCCAGUGUAGCCAGUUCUUCCAGGAUUUCUCCUAACUGGUUUUUAUGAGUCUGGUUGUUUCUGUCAUGGUUUGUUUCUUAAGGAAGCACUUUCACUAUCAAACCAAACGCACUUCUAUGGUAGCUUUAUUUUAGUUAUGUAUUGAUGAAUGUGUUGGACUCAUUGUGUCAAAUGUCUGGAACAGUUUCUACUUCUUCAGUUUGGACAACCAACUGCCUGCAUGUUGCGCAGAGAUCUUGCAGGCCUUCAACAGGAAGUGUUCGUAUGCAGAGGCCAUCCACUGAGUUCUGCUGCAGGCGUCAGUUCUGGCCCAAGAUCUGGUUAAGGUGGGCUCCGGCAAAAAGACAAAAGAGAAAACGUUUUGAACUGCGACUGUAGGUUCUCAUCUGAAAGUCACAGAGUCAGUAGGAAAGUAAGCCUCGCAGAACGUCAUACUUACAAACUCACUUUCAGUUUUGAAAUAUGGCCCCCGUAUUCCCUGCACUCCAUGAAACUUUGCUGUGUAGUUCUUUUGUCACUGCUAAAACCAGCAACAUCUGGUCUAAAAAAAUCCAUUGACUAUUUUACCACCUCAUCGGAUGCAGAUCUGUGCAGAUGAGUCAUUCUGAACAUGCAGAACAACAGGAAUUCACUACAAAAUCCUCCAAAGCAUCACAUCUCAGAAAACCGGAGACUUGGUUUUGCUCCACUCAUUCAGACUACAGGGAGCCUUCACCUGAACUUCAGUCAAGUUUUUGUGUCUGAGAUGUUUCACAUGAUGAUAAAUUUCCACUCCAUUCAAAGGCCAUUUAUUGAGUUAAUUUUAGAUCAUAAAACUAUUUGGCGAACAACUGAAUCUGGAGCGUUGUUCAUGACGUUGGCAGGGAAAGCAGCAGACUGUGUUAGGCUGUAUGUCAGGAUUAAUGUGGAAGAUAUUUGUGUCUGUGUGGAUGGUGCCUGCUGUAGUUUAGUCCGGACAUUUGGGACAUUCACAGACCUCUGUUUCCUUUUAGGAAAUACCCAAUAUUCUGGGUCUCUGUGAGGUUUGUACGAGUUAGGCGGCAGAACUUCAAAGUAAAGCGUGUCAACAACCUCUAUUAGGGUGUCUGCUUUAGGCCGAUGGUUACAGCAAAAGUGACCUUUGUGAGUGGAAGAUGGGUUUCAGGAUUAAGGGCCUGGUCAGGCUGGUUAAAUCAAAUAAUCUCUAGCAUGCUGGGAUGUGGUCUCUGUUGGCUCAAAAUUAUAUCUAUGAGUUAGGGUUAGUAUUGAUCUAGCCCCAACCCCGGUUAAGCUGCACGUGAAAAUUAUACGGUGAAGUAAAGGAAUUCCUCUUCAUAUGCAGUGUAACCUGUGAAAACGUUUGGAGCUAGUCCCACCCAACUGGCAGACGUGGGAGUGUCUCGAGGACAUUUUUGAACUACGUAGAACAAUGUCCUCACGCACUGCAGAUUCGUAUGCGUUUACCAGUGGGUACUGUAGUGACCAUUUGAAAAUUCUACAUAUUAUUACCGCAACAAAUAUUGGUUGGAAUAAUUUGAAAAAAAAAAAAAACAUCAAUGGGAUUUUUUGCUAAAUGAAAAAAAUUUCCUACCAUGAGGUUUGGACAGUCACUGUUCAGAAAAAUACGAUAAACCAACAGAAAUGAUCAGAAAAAUAUUCGGGACUAUAACAUCAUUAUUAUGAAACACCAGAAAACAUUUAAAAAUAUUGUAAUGAUCCGUAAGGGGUCAUUGUGAGCGCUGAUGCACUGUUACUGAUGCUUUAACGGUUGUGUGAUUAAAUGUUUUGCGUCACGAAUUCCGAGAAAAUUGUCAACAGUUUGGUUUUCGAGGAGUUUCGUUAUUUUGUCUGAUGAUUUUUACGGUUUUCGUUGGACAGUAAGAUGCUUUUAGAAUUAGAUGUCAAUCGUAUUCAAUUCAGCUCAGAUUGGUUUAAAAUGGAAGUUGAACUUUAAAGAGCUAAAUAUUUAAUCAAGGGUGUGGUACAAUUUUAUUAUCAGAAAGAAGAAACAAAACAAAAACAUUUAGAAGCUGAAUGGAGUGGCUGUGCUUUCAGAAAUAUUUCAGGUGAUUGGAACAAGAACAGGGCCUCUGUGACUUCCUGAUCUGGACCUUUCAGUCCCUAGGUUGUACUUUGGAGCAGCUGAAAUGCGUGCACCUGGCACCGCACCUGAAAGUGUGGUUGUGAACUAACACAGGUGAUGAGGCCUCUUUGUACGCAGCACCACCGACUCAGAGUGGUGCGUCCUUCAGCUUCAAGCUGCUGCAGCAAAGGUUCCUUUGUGACCAAACUCAAACCCGGCACCAUCUGCAGUAACCAGCCACCACGUUGCAUGUUCCAGAGAUUAGUGCCUAUAAUAUUGUGCGUCUUGCCAGAAGCCACCAUGUCAGCCAAGCCAUGUUGUGUUUCUAGACUUAGUGAUGUGUGUGGUGACUUCAUAGUUGCUAAUAUUAAGGAUGAAUAUUCUGCUUUUACUCUGGUUGGAAUUCAGUGAAACUCCAAAAUACUGUGUCGCUGUAGACGAACUUGUUUUUAACAUUUUCUUAUUUUUCUUUCUAACUAAAAGCAUCGUUGUCCCCUGA